AACCAAACGAGGAAAACAAGCAGAAGAGGGGAUUCAUGUUCUUUUCUCGCUGAUCAAUCAAAAGAGAUGCUGAGGUUUAUCAUCUUUUUUUCCCUUUUUAUACACUUAUGUGUUGCGGCACCCAAGACUCCUGCUGCUGCCGCGGCUGUUCCUGCCAAGAAAUGGCUUACACUUAACGGACAAGAGCCUGCGGUUGUAGCCAGAGGCGGCUUCUCGGGUCUUUUCCCUGAGUCAAGCGCCCCUGCAAACGACAUGGCUGUUAGCACCAGCUCGCCUGGCCUCACAAUGUUGUGCAACCUUCAGAUGACUAAGGACGGUGUGGGCCUUUGCUUGUCAGAUAUCAGACUUGAUAAUGCAACCACCAUCUCCUCGCUCUUCCCCAAAGCCCAGAAGACCUACAAGGUCAACGGUCAGGACCUCAAGGGCUGGUUUGUCCUUGAUUACGAUGCCGACACCAUCUUCUCCAAUGUCUCUUUGGUCCAGAACAUCUUCUCUCGGCCCAGCAUCUUCGACGGCCAAAUGCCGGUUUCUGCAGUGGAGGAUGUCCUUGGAACCAAGCCUCCCAAGUUCUGGUUGAGCGUUCAGUACGAUUCCUUCUACAUGGAACACAAGCUGAGUGCAGCCGAGUACCUGAGAAGCUUGCGAUUCCGCGGCAUUAAUGUCAUCUCAUCUCCAGAGAUCGGUUUCUUGAAGAGCAUUGGGAUGGACGCAGGCAGGGCCAAGACAAAGCUCAUAUUCGAGUUCAAAGAGCCCGACGCGAUUGAGCCCACCACAAACAAGAAGUACAGCGAACUUCAGCAGAACCUUGCAGCAAUCAAGGCCUUUGCUUCAGGUGUUCUUGUCCCCAAAGACUACAUUUGGCCCCUUGACACAGCUAAGUACCUUAAGCCCGCCACCACUUUUGUGGCUGAUGCCCACAAAGCCGGUCUAGAGGUCUAUGCUUCUGGGUUUGCCAACGACAUGCGCACUAGCUUCAACUACAGCUACGAUCCCUCCACUGAGUAUCUCCAGUUUGUGGACAAUGGCGAGUUCUCUGUUGAUGGCGUCAUUACCGACUUUCCACCAACAGCAUCACAAGCCAUCACUUGCUUUUCUCACCAAAAGGGAAAUCUCCCGAAAGCAGGGCAUGCAUUGGUUAUAACUCACAAUGGAGCAAGCGGGGACUAUCCAGGCUGCACUGAUCUGGCUUACCAGAAAGCAAUCGACGAUGGAGCAGACGUGAUCGACUGCUCUGUUCAGAUGUCUAAAGACGGAAUCGCUUUCUGCCAUGAUGCUGCAGACCUCACAGCAAGCACCACUGCCAUGACUACUUUCAUGUCCCGAGCCACCAGCGUUCCUGAGAUCCAGCCUACCAACGGCAUUUUCUCUUUUGAUCUUACAUGGGCCGAGAUACAGUCUGUGAAGCCACAAAUCGAGAACCCCUUCACUUCCACGGGCUUCCUGAGAAAUCCAGCAAACAAGAACGCUGGGAAGUUCACGACUCUUGCGGACUUCCUUGAGCUCAGCAAAGAAAAGGCAGUCACUGGAGUUUUAAUCAACAUUGAGAAUGCUGCUUAUUUAGCCUCGAAGAAAGGCCUAGGAAUCGUAGACGCAGUCAAGUCUGCUCUGACCAAUUCCACACUCGACAAGCAAUCAACUCAGAAGGUUUUGAUUCAGUCGGAUGACAGUUCAGUUCUAUCUAGUUUCGAGGCUGUCCCUCCUUACACUAGAGUCUUGAGUAUCGACAAGGAGAUUGGAGAUGCUCCUAAGCCAUCCGUCGAAGAAAUCAAGAAGCACGCAGAUGCUGUCAAUCUCAUGAGAACUUCCCUUGUCACCGUCUCCCAAAGCUUUGCCACAGGAAAAACUAAUGUGGUAGAGGAAAUGCACAAAGCGAAUAUCUCUGUUUACGUCUCGGUCCUAAGAAACGAGUACAUCUCCAUAGCGUUCGACUACUUCUCUGAUCCUACGGUAGAGCUUGCAACAUUCAUUGCAGGGAGUGGCGUCGAUGGAGUAAUCACAGAGUUCCCUGCCACCGCAACCAGAUACUUAAGGAGUCCAUGCUCAGAUUUAAACAAAGACCAGCCCUAUGCCAUCUUACCUGCGGAAGCUGGCGCUCUACUCUCCGUUGCAGACAAGGAAGCACAACCACCAGCUAGUGCGCCAAACCCACCUCUUGAUGCCAAAGACGUGAUUGAUCCGCCUCUGCCCCCGGUUGCAAACAUGGCCUCCUCCAAUGGAACUGGAGAAGGUCCGCCACAUACUCCUCCUCCUUCUUCAGGCACCGGUGCCACUGCUGCUAAUCUCAGCCUUUCCUUGCUGGCAAUGAUGGCUUUGGGACUCCUAUAUACAGCCUAAUAAGAUUGAUCACUCCAUAUAACUUCAAAGGUUGUAACAUGUUUGCCCUCAGCGUAUUCAAACUGACACAACUUGAGCUAUCUAUGUUUUUUACUCACGUUAACCAAAAUAUGCAGCAAACAGUGAUUUGUUGUUGUAGAUCAAAAGCUCUACAGAAACUUUCUUUGUUGUCAUAGGAAUGUUUGAUUUCG